AUGUCGAAAAGUACAGUGUGUGAUAUAAAGAGACAGAAAGAUAAUAUUAGAAAGUUCCUUGCUGUAAGUGAUAGUGGUACAUUAAAUAAAAGAAAAACGAUAAAAGGUUCUACAAAUACAAUAUUAGACGAAGCUGUGUAUAAAUGGUUUAACCAAGAGCACUCUGUGGGUAUGCCACUUGGUGGCGAUGCCAUUAAGACUGCCGCAGAUAAAUUGGCAGAAAAGAUUAACAUUCCAGAUUUUCGAGCAAGUGAAGGAUGGUUACAAAGGUUUAAGAAUAACAUAAUAUUAACCCUUAAACUGCACAAAACUGCAUAUAAAGUGUUGAGUGACUGA